AUGCAUGAAUCCAUAAAGAGUGCAUAUAAAAAUCUGGAAAAUGGAUGGCAAUAUCCUCCGUCUUCACACGUCUAUUACAUUAGACACAUUGCACAAAACUUCAUGCGUGAGUUUAAAGACAAGGAACUGCACAAAAUAGUUGUUAACAUGGGUUAUGCGUUGACAGAGGAGAAAUUUAACUACUAUCGGGGGGAAAUCCGAAGAACAAACAAUGACGCUUUAUCAUGGAUAGACAACAUCCCUCGGGAGAAGUGGGCAAGGGCAUUUGACGGAGGGCAACGCUGGGGUCACAUGACAACUAAUCUGGCAGAAGCAAUGAACUCCGUACUCAAAGAAACCCGAAACCUUCCAAUCAUUGCAUUGGUCAAAUCUACGUACUAUCGAUUAGGAUCACUAUUUGGUAAAAGAGGCCAUCAAUGGACAAAAAUGUUAGCCUCUAGGCAAGUUUUCAGUGAUAACUGCAACAAGGGGAUGACUGAGGAAGUCAGUAAAGCUAACACACAUAACGUCAUGCAAUUUGAUCGCGAGAGAUUCUAUUUCAUGGUCCAAGAGAAGAUUAAUCAGAAUGAUGGUCGACCAACCGGUACAUUCAGCGUUGAUCUUAGGAAACAACACUGCGAUUGUGGAAAAUUUCAGGCAUUUCACUUACCUUACUCCCAUGUAAUCGUAGCAUGUUCGAGUAUACGUCAGAACUACUCCAUUCACAUACCAGACGUGUUCAAAAUUCUUAACGCCUUCAAGGUCUAUAAGGAGAGUUUCCUAGGACUUACCCAUGAGGAGAAUUGA